AUGACACUUGCCGUCUUGGCAGCCAUUGCAGCAGGUGUACCACUGCCCGUCAUGUCGUACAUUACAGGUGACAUUAUUGACUCGUUUGGGAGCAACUACGACAAUAUCAAGAAUAGGAUCUGGGUGCUCAUCCUCAUUGCCAUCUCCUUCUUUGCAGUGUCGUGGACAUACAUGUCACUCUUCAGCCAGAUUGGUAUGAAGAAUGGUGUGCGUCUUCGCGAAGCCUACGUCAAGGCACUGCUUUACGCGGAUGUGUCCAAUGUUGAAGGCAGAGGCGCAGAAAUCGCAUCAAAACUCGGCUCAUCCAUACAUCUCGUUCAAUCUGGAACAGGCGAUAAAGCUGGCUUGCUCAUUCAAAGUCUGUCGUACUUUCUAUCGGCAUUCAUCGUUGGGUUUAUUCGCAAUCCUAUGUUGACUGCUAUCCUGAUCCCUGCAGUACCAAUCUUCCUCAUCAUCGUCACAGUGGGCAGUCGUCUCACUGCACGCUACAAUCAACGCAUCGACGAAAAGAACCUCGAGUCAACCACUUUUGCACAAGAAUGCUUCAAAAAUAUCCGACUCCUCAAGACCUUGAAUGCCCAGACCGUCUUGUCCAAAAGAUUUGCAGAUAUCACCACCAGCUCACAACGGGAUACCAUCAAGCGUGCGGCUGUCGGUGCGCUCACCACGGGUUGCAUCUAUUUUGUCAUUUUCAUGACGAAUGGUCUGGCUUUUUGGCAAGGUGCACGUCUGAUUGUCUCUCAGGAUCAAGCUGGUGCCGGUGAUACCUAUGUCGUUGUCUCCCUCGUUAUUGAUUCAUCCUUUGUGGUGGGUAUGAUUAGUCCCUUUCUGCAAAUCUUUGGUACUGCAGCGAGUGCAGGAGAAGAGAUUCGUCAUGAAGCCGAACAAGUCCAACCCAUCAAUGUCGCGAGUGCCGAUGGGAUUCAUGUUUCUCCUGAUUGUGAUGCACACAUACAGCUUCAAAAAGUCGACUUUGCCUACCCGAGUGCACCGCAGACAAAAGUACUUCGCGACUUUACCUUCACCAUCCCAGCUGGCAAGUUUGUUGGCAUUGUUGGUCCGAGUGGCUCCUCGAAAAGUACCCUCGUCAACCUCAUUCAGCGAUUCUACGACAAGACCAGUGGGAGUAUCUUGAUUGAUGGGGUUGAAUUGACAGACCUCAAUCUUGCAUCGCUACGCAAGCAAAUGUUACUUGUGAGUCAAGAGCCAGUCUUGUUCUCCGGUAGUAUUCAUGACAAUAUCGCUUCAGGUCUUCUCAAAUACGGGCCUCUACCAGCUCCUGACACCCUUAGAAGACUGAUCCAGCGAGCAGCAGAAGAUGCAUAUGCAGCAACAUUCAUCGAGAUGCUCGAGGAAGGUUACAACACUCAAGUCGGUGCAAAUGGCGGUGCGAAGUUGUCUGUGGGUCAACGUCAACGUAUUGCCCUCGCUCGCGCACUCAUCUCGAAUCCACGCAUCUUGCUAUUGGACGAAGCAACCUCAGCAGUGGAUGCGCUCAGUGAGCGGUAUAUCGCAGAAGCACUGCGUCGACCCAACGAAGGUGGCAAGCCGCGCACGACUGUUUGUGUGGCACAUCGUUUGUCCACCAUUCGCGAGGCUGACUUGAUCUUGGUCAUGGCAGACGGGCAAGUGGUUGAGUCAGGUACACAUUCUGAUUUGCUUGCUCGAGAUGGUAGAUAUGCCGACAUGGUGGCACUUCAAUCCAUCUUGCCCGUUGAAAAGGAAGACGUUGCAAGCGAAUCAGACUUGGAAAUUAGUACGCCUGAUUCACUCGCAAAGGAACCCUUACUCAUGGAUGAUGUGCCUAUUAUUGAUGAUGAUAAUGCUGCGGAGGAACCCACGAGAAGCUUGCUGAGAGAUAUCUAUACGCACGCUCGACCAGAACAGCGCUGGAUCGUACUCGGUCUAUGUGGCAGCUUCUUUGCAGGCAGCAUCACCGCAGCAGAUGCCUUGCUCUUUGGUCAUCUCAUCAGUGCGCUCAAUGCCGUCAAUGAUCCAGACUUUCUUCGUUCACGCGCAAGCUUCCUCGCCGGCUUCUUUGUCCUCAUUGCAGGCGUCGCCUUGCUUGCCUACUUCUUUAUGGGUUUCAGUUUUGGCGUCUCGAGUGUGCGUUUGACGCAACGUGUCAAGAAUCGAGUCUUUGCUCAGCUCUUAGAGACGCCCAUUGAGUACUAUGAUGAUGAAGAUAAUUCGGCUGACCGCAUCGCCUCGAGAAUCGAUACAGAUACGGCGUCCCUGGGUGGUCUGUCCGGUCAAUUCAUCGGAACAGCCUUUUCUGUCACCACAUCCAUCCUAUCUGGUGUCAUUCUCGCCCAUGCUGUUGCGUGGAAGAUUGCGCUGGUACUCUUUCCAGCAGUGCCGCUCAUCAUCCUUGCAGGGUAUGCGCGUCUCAAGGUCAUCUCACACAACCAGCACCGUAACGAGACUGCCUUUGAGGAUUCAGCAGCACUUGCCUCUGAGGCUGUCAAUAACAUCAAAACAAUCGCUUCGUUGUCCCUUGAGGCGGACUUGUAUCAGCGAUACACGCAGAAGCUAGAAAGCACGUACAAAGACACUUGGCGUUUCAUGGCAGCAUCUACCGUUCUGUUGGCAAUGGCAUAUACGCUCCCGUUCAUCAUUUAUGCUUUUGCCUACUGGUGGGGAAGCUACUUGAUUGAUCGCAAUGAGUACUCUACCACGCAGUACUUCAUCGUCCUGCCAGCUCUCUUAUUUUCAGCACAGACCAGCGGUCAGAUGUUCAGCAUGGCGCCAGACUUUUCGCGUGCCAAGAUGGCAGCAAAGCAAAUCUUUGCCAGCUUCAACAAGCGGGUAGAAUCAGGCGGUCAAUGCCAACAACUACCGGCACCAUGCGGCCGGAUUGAAUUUUGUGGUGUGACUUUCCGGUAUCCAUCUCGAAACGAGUAUGUUGUUCAUGACUUGUCGUUUGUCAUUGAAGCUGGAAGGCGUGUUGCCUUUGUUGGACGGUCUGGGUGUGGCAAGACGACUUUAUUUUCACUGCUUGCUCGAUUCUACACACCGGUUGCAGGAACCAUCUUGUUGGAUGGGUUGGACAUUACUGCUUACCCACUAGACGAGCUUCGUCGGAGAAUUGGAUACUGCCCUCAAGAGCCCAGUGUCUUUUCUGGCUCGGUACGCUUCAACUUGACCCUUGGCACCAUUCAAGAUCCAACAGAAGAGCAAUUGAAGAAAGCAUGCCAGGAAGCUCAAAUCUGGAGAUUCAUCGAGACAUUGCCACAAGGACUUGAUACGACCCUGGGUCUGGGUGGUGUGAGCGUUUCUGGUGGUCAACGCCAACGACUUUCCCUCGCUCGUGCGUUCUUAGCGCGCGAGGCACCUGUGUUACUGUUGGACGAACCAACUGCUGCGCUGGACGCACAGAAUGAAAAGCUCGUGGACGCUGCAUUGCGACAAGGCACACAAGGUCGUACAUGCCUUCAAAUUGCUCACCGCCUCGGUGGAAUUGUUGAUGCAGAUGAGAUUUUCGUGUUUGAUGGCGGUCGUAUUGCUGAACGCGGUACGCAUGCUGCCUUGCUGAGCAAGGGUGGCCUGUAUGCGGACUUGGCGAGUAGCAUGAUGUAG